AUGAAGAGGCUAGAUGAGGCAGAGAUAGCGACUGCUGCUACGAGCGACUUGGGGACCAAGAAGCAGCGUAUUGAGCAUCUGAUCCAGCGAGGGGAUCAUCUCGCUAAUGCGCAGCAAGAACGGCAGCUUAAAACGACUUCAAAGGUGCCUACGAGCUUAUCGCACAACUCGUCUUCAACCUGCACCACUUCGGCAGUUUUUCCUGCGCGACGCUCGUCCUGGACGCCGCAGGAGGACGAUAAGCUCAGGAAACUGGUGCACCAACUUGGCGGUCGUAACUGGAGUGAAAUUUCUACGUAUUUUCCUUCCCGCGACCGCAAACGAUGUCGCGAAAGGUUUGUGAACCACCUGGCGCCGUCGCUAACUCCAGCGUCGAGUAUGUGGAGCGCAAAAGACGACGAAAGGCUGCUACAAUUGCAGCGAACAAUGGGCUCCAAGUGGACAAGAAUAGCAACAGAAUUCAGUGGGAAGAGCGCAGAGAACGUAAAAAAUCGCUGUCUCGUGUUGGCCAGGAAGACAGCGGAUAAGAGCUCAAAACACCGGAGAGCACCGCCGCAACGGUGGGCAGCAGCCGAGAAAGAUAAACUACAGGCAUUAGUGACGAUGCACGGAGCGAAGAACUGGCUGUUCAUUGCCUCGCAACUGCCUGGACGCACAGACUUGCAGUGUCUUCAGCAAUGGUACCGGACACUGGAUAGCAAGGUAGUGAAAGGCAAAGGGACGUGGACGCCGAGUGAGGACCAAUCGCUGGUCGAGAAAGUGGCAGAGCUGGGGCGGAAGUGGACGGAGGUUGCUGCGUUCUUACCUGGUAGGAUGGGAAACCAGUGUCGCGAGCGAUACUUGAACCACUUGGACCCGACGAUCAACACGGAGCCAUGGUCAGACGCCGAAGAGAAGAUCCUAACUGAUGCUAUUGAAGCGCACUCGACGCAGUGGAGUUUGAUUGCGGAGAACUUGCCAGGUCGAUGUGAGAAUGCCAUAAAAAAUCAUUGGUACUCCCGUGAACGACGUCGCAUGCUGGCAGCAGCUUCGAGUAGAACGCCAUCGACAAAGGCGGCACAUUAA